AUGGCUCCCCCGGGCCGUUUCCUUUCCGGCCAACUCGCGUCGUUCGCGCUCACGCCGCAGAAUCCUUCCGUCUCCGGCCUGCCGUUGUUCGCCGUCGGUCCUCUGGCCGUGCCGCUCAACCGCCGCGUCAAGCGCGACGACAACGACGAAGGCAUGAAUCAGGUCGGUGAAAGUUCGUUGAGUUCACGAAAAAAGCUUGUAAAGUUACUCGAUCGCUCUGUACUGUAUUGAAAUAAAAGUGAAAAAUUGACACUGAAGUUUCUGUUUUCAACUCAUAACAUCCUCGGACAUUGGAAACGGACGUGCUGCGGACGUUUUUGGGCAUUUCUAGUGACCACUUUAGUAGCGUCAGCACUCUUAAGUGAUCUCUAGAUCUAUAAUCGCCCAGAAACGUCCGGAGCACGUCCUUUUUGCGUUACCGAGGCCCGAGAUCAGUGUUCCACACAAUCGUCUUUUUGCUAGAGCAACUUUUCUAACUUUUAUACAUAUCCUAUCAUAUGUAGAAAAUUUAAAAGAGGAAUGAAAUUUGCGCUGAUUUCGUUUUCUAAAACUUUAUUUGGGAGUUGAAGACAAAUGCUUGCGAGAAUCGUUUAAGUAACGUUUUUGAGAUUUCAGAAAUCUGAAGGUAUCCAGAACGUUUGAAGUAUUGAGAAAAAUUUUGGAAGAUCAAUUUCAUUUUUCGAAGAGGACAAAAAUAAUUAUUUAAGAUUCAAAAAAAGGAGGAAACAUGGCUACUAAAUGAAAGAACCAGAUAUUUUCAAUUAUUUUAUUCUUAGACUUAGAAAAAUUGUUCGGCUUAGAAAAAAAUUAUUGAAAUGCGAAUUUUUUAUCCUUGGGACUCACUGAAAUUUGAACGUCUCUUGAAUCUUCAGAAUUCUGCUACAGGAGUAAAAAACUCUAAAAUCAAAAUCUGAGUUGUCUAUCUCUUAAAUUUUUAAAGUCGUUUCUUUUGUAUUUUACCGCUUUCGACUGCUUGCCUAUUUUUUCCCUAAGCUUUUCUAAUAACUGAUAUUCGACCGGAAUUCCUGACGAAAAAAAGUGUUUCCGUGAUAUCCGGCGAGAUUUUAGUCACGUUCUGGCUCUUGCAAGUAAAAAUUCUUUUCAAAGUCACAAAGUGAGAACCGAAAAUUGCCUCAAGGCUUUUUAAUUGCCCGCCACCUCCUUUCCAUUUUUGGACUGGCAGUAUGUAAAUUUCCGGUUUGGCCGAAACGUCUGCAGUCGACUUGCUCUUACAAUUUUCAGUCUUUUUGGUCUUUCCAACCCCUGAAGUUAUUCUUGAGUGAUUAGACGUUAUUUGUUGGCAGAAACUUCUAUUGAAAGUUGGUUUCAUUGUAAGAGGAUAUGUUUGCCUAGAGCCUUAUUUAUUAUUUCUGUCAAUAACCAGAUUCUUUUGUGGUUUCCCAGUUGAUAUUUUUUUCUUCUUCUACGGGAGUUCAGACUUUCUUUGUUGCAGGUUCAAUUUUCGAGUGCUCUGAGCAGCGCUCGGCGCGGAGCCAUCGCCGAAGGAAUGGAACUUGAAGAAGAAUCCGCGCCCCGACAAGGUCAGCUCAAAAAGAAAAUGUCAAUAAAAUCCGAGUCGAAAAUACGGAUGUUCCGCUUUCAAUGUUAAAUAAUAUACAUCAAAAUAAAAGAAUAGAACCAAGAAAAUAUUAUUUUUUGUCGUUUUUUAUUUCAAAGAUGAUCUCAGCAAAAAUUCUGCCUAUCGGAAACCUCCAUCCGUUGAAGGCAAAAAGGCGGACGGCUUCGAGAGGCCUCUAACUUGGGAUUAAUCUACCCAAAUUGGUGUUUGACUAAGACUCGGGUCGGCCAACCGAGAAGCCCCAGUUCAUUUGGAAUCAUCUGGCCACGCCUCUACUUUUUUCGGCGGUUUCUCCUUUUGGCCUCUGAGCAAUUUCACACAUGCGCGCGUACGAUGAUGUCGCCACUUUGCUCGAUUAAUCUUCUCUAACUUUUUUUAUUCGAAAAAGCUUCUAUGCGUCCGUUCAACGACUCCAAAAUCUCUGUUUUACAACUUUUUCCUCGUUUCAGUUUUUUUAAUCUAGAUUUUUUCUGCACUGAAGACUCUAGGGAAAGUUUGGAUUUCAAGCAAAGGCCGUUUGCAUUAUACUUAAGGAUUAUAGAUAGGGUUGAAGCCUGAAAAUGGGAUUUUUUACGAUUUUGCAAAAAGGUAAAAAUGCAAAGUGUAGUCUUUUUCUGACUUUUUGUAAGUUAAAGUGUUAUAAAUUUUUUGUUGCGUUUUUCAAAAAAGGAUAGAUAAUUUCUGCGAAGGAAUCAAUACGAAAAGCGCUUUUUAGUGUUAUUUCUGUCUUUUUUGUCCCCGUUUUGCUGAUUGUGAAAGUUUAUGGUAUCAGUUGUGAAACUGAUUUUUUGCGAUAUUCCCUGUUGGUUUAUAAUCUUCAUUCUUUUCGGCUUUGAGAUCAGACCAAACAAGAAAAAGAAUGUUUGCCGGCACGUAAAUAUACUUAUAGAUAUUUGGGGCGAGUUUGAAAUUUGGAAAUUGGGUAUUGCCGUGUACGUCUUAACUCAAUUUCCUCUCUACCCAAAAACUCUCCUUUCUGUUUCUACGCGCAUAUUUGGGUUCAUUUUAUUUUCCGAAGAUUUUUGCUUCAUCACAUCAUGAAAGCUUCGCGAUUCGGACGAGAAGUCGGAAAAUCGCCGCGAAAUCGCCAUGAGUUGCGCAGCUGCGAGAGCAGCGUUGUUUUGACAGGUAACAGCGAAAAUUGGCGGAAAUUCGGUAGUUAUUAUUGUUUUAACUGGGCGUCAAAUUCUGAACACUUCGGUUCUUUUCGAAUCGAAGUUGUGUUAUGAUAUUAAUAUAGAGAGGAAAAAAUUUGAAAUAGAAAGCAAAAAGUGUUUCUUCUUUUAGAACUGCUGAGUUAGCGUUUCAUUUACUUUUCAUUCAAAUGUUUUUCAGUGAUUCGUCGAUAGACACCGGAAGCUUUCAUAUUUUUCAAUUAAUAUUAAACGAAGCAUUUUUGUUUUAUUAAAGCGGAACAUCCGACAAAAUUUUUUAAAUAUUAAUCAAGCUUUUUUCAAGAGAACGAUCAAUACAUGGUUUAUAGGUCCUCUGGCCGGAUGUAUAUCAGGAUUUCGAUUGGCUCUCCCUCACAUCGCCUUGAUAACGGCCACACUGCUCUAUGUUUGCGUGGGAGGUUUGUCACAAAAGAUGAAAAUUGAAAAAUUCGAAGAAAAAACGAUCUUAAGCUGGAAUCUUCGCAGCGAUCGAACAGCCGUACGAGCUGCAGAAUCGCAACAAUCAUCUGCAGGCGAUUCGGGAGGCUGAGGUGAUUCUCCAAGAUUAUAUCCGAGCAUGAGCUCUCCAUAACGAGCUCCACUAUUUCAUCAAUGAACAAAUCGCUACAUUUUUUCCCCGUAAUCCUUGAAAACCCAUAAAACGUCGUUAAACUCGGCUUUUUUCUGCUCGAGCAACGUCGAAGAAUGGCGGGAAAAUGUCGCAUCUGGGCACUUUUGAGCCGUUCUUUGCGUUCUUUUUCUCAGUGGGCUCCGAUUUGAACUUCCGAAACUUUUGAAGUCAGCUGGUGCUAGAAGAGAUGAUUAGAGGAAGUUUUAAUUUUCAAUCAAGAUUAUUUUUGGAGCAAAUUUCCUAAUGCAAUGAUAAUAAUGAGUUCUUUAGGAAGUGAAUAAAUGGGGGGGGGGGAGCGGAAGAAUUUGACAGCUUUUUCAAAAAUGACUUGGUGAAAUGCAUAGAAAAGGUCUUUACUCCUACUAUUCAGCCAGAAUUUUGAACCAAAAACAUUUUUUCCUAUCAUAAUUUCAGCUUUUUCCAUGUCUCCUUUUUCAAAUCGACUCGCUUCAACGUAAAAUUUAAGAGUUAAUGAUUGUGAAAUAAGAUUUUUUUGAGUACCUGGUUUAUAAUGUUGACUUUAUCAAAAAAAGUACAUUUUAUUAACAAGAGUUGCUUUUUUUGGGUGAAGGAAUUCUCUGGAAAAAAAUAAAUUUAACUUUUUUUAAUAUCUUAAGUGGUUUUGAAGAGUUCGUCAAUUAUAUUGUCGAGAGUUUCUUUUUUUCGAUUAUUCUAAUUUAAAUUUUCAAAAGGACCAUUCCAGCAAGCAAUAAUCGAGUACGAAUCGAUGGAAGAAGACAAUUCGACGGUUUUGGAACUCAUCGACCAGCUGACCUACGUCACCUUCCGCGCUUUCGAAGACGGGAUCAAGCCGACAGGUUUGCACUGAUUUUUGAACGAGCUUCAUCAAUUCAAUCACUCAUUCUAAAAAAAAACAAUACAAAAGUGUAGACGACUUGAAGCAGUUUUAAAAAUGGCGGCUUUUGGCCGGAAACGAAAGUUCACAUUUUUUUUUUAUAAAUUUAUAAUUCCCUUUCUGAUAGUUUUUUCGGUAAUUUUUUUCUUUGUUCAUGAAAAAUCUUCACAAGUCGAAAUAAUGACUGUUUUCAUUUUUUUUUAAUUCCCGAUUAUGCCGGCCUUAAUUCGUAAGAAGCAAAAGUAUUUUUCUUGUCUCCAUAGGCUGUGGUCGCAUUUGGAAUGGAUUAAAGCGUUUUGGUUGAUCCAUUUGACGUACGACCGAUAUCCAGGCGACGCGAGGCUAAUAAUUUCAGCAAAUUCCCAGAAAUUUUUCUCGAUUUCAAAAGAACCGUUUAAUUGAAGAUCUUCGCGACGACACCUUCUCGACAAAAUGGACGAUGGCUUCUGCCAUUUUCUUCACAACCACCGUUUUGACUUCCAUAGGUUCAUAGUUUUGUGGGUCACUCAAGCAAUCGAGAUCUUGCAGGCUACGGUCAUUUGAUUCCGAUCUCGCCGCACGGGCAAAUUUUUUGCAUGGGUUAUGCUAUUUUUGGGUGAGUAACGAUUUUUUUUUUGGAGAGCCGUGCUCAAAAUAGUUCUCUUUUUAUGUGAUAUAUUUUUUUGAUUAAAAAAACAAAAAUAUUUUAUUCUGAGCUUUUCUUUUUUCUUUGAUAAAUUGUUUCUGUUUGUUCUGGAUGAAUUAAAAUAAUUAAUACGGUAUUUUUUGUGAAAAAAAUGUUCAAAUCCUUGGCUUUGAGAAUCCCGCUGACUCUCAUCACGAUCGCUGAUGUCGCCAAAUUUCUGGCGGACUUGCUCGGAGGCACUGGCGACGAUCCUUUGGCCGAGGUUUCUUUUUUCUCAAAUUUUCCUCCAAGUUGAAGAUUCUCUCUCCGAAUCCUCAGCAAUAACUCGUUUUUGCAGGUCUCCGGGUCCAGAAGAGCCGGUGUUCUGUUCAGUCUUUUCGGCUACAUGUCCGUCGCAGCCUGGAUAUUCACCUAUUACGAACCUACCUGGAACUUUCUCGAUUCUUUCUACUUUUGUUUGAUCUCCCUGGUGAGUUGUUCAAUCUCAUAUCCAAUUUCGAAAAAAAAGAUGUUUGAUGGUUUUGGCUCAGUGUCUUUGAAAAGAUGACUUGGGCAGUUUUUUUUUUUGAGAGUUUAGAGAAAAAUGGUGAACUAGGGAUUCUCGAGAUGACUCUUCCCUUUUUCAAAAUCACUAAUUUUGUCUGCGUCCUUUUUUGGGAGAUUUCAAAUAUAUUGGUUGACUUUUUGGUAUUUUCGAAGCAUUUUUUUUUCUAAAACUGUGAAAAUGUAGAAAUCGUUUCUUUAUGACGUUUAGUAGCUGAUUUUUUUCUGUUUUUAAACACAAUUUUAUUCAAUUAAAAAGUCAACUGAAAAACUUUUUGUGCUUGGAGAUCUUUAUUUUAAUUAAUUUAGAAUUGAUGAAACUUUUUUUGGAUUUAAAAAAGUUCUGAAAAAGAGUUUUGGAAAAAAAAAUUCAAUAGAUGCUUGAAAUCAAGCUCUCGAGAGAGUGAAAACUCAAAAUUUCCGAUUUUGGCUAAUGUGUGAGAGUUCUUUGAAAAAAAAGUUUGAAACGAAUCGUAAAACUUUGCUUCAUUUCAAAGCACCAAAGGAUGUCUUUUUUUUAAUGAAAAAUUAGUUUCUCUAUGAAGUAAAGAGUUUCUAUUGAUAUCAACUUUCUGACCAUUCCAGUAGAAGAUUUAUCUCUCUUAUAAAAAAUAACAUGUCUAAAUUGGCAAAAAAUGUCUAGAUUUUCCUUGUGAUAGUUCUGAUGAUUAAUUUAAUAGGCCAGUCGAAUUCUGACCGACUUCCCUUAACUUUUUGCCGGCAAAGCUUGGUCGCGGAUAUCAAGGAACAAAGUGUCGGUUUUGUUCGACGGCGAAAAUGAGGUCGUUCGCCCAGCCCCAAGAUUCGCUGCCGAGAUUGUCGCGCCGUCGCCAGCGGCUUCUAAACUCGCGACUUUUCUGUUUUUUUUUUCGGAGAAACAGCUGAUCCGAGAAAAGCGAAAGGCCAGACGGAUAAGCUCAAGGAAGCUAAUAGUUUGGACAUUUUAGAGCACCUUAGGGUUUAGUGACCUACCAAAGCAUAACCGCUGAUACACAUUCAAGAAUGAUACAUCUCAAAGACCUUGCUUAUAACUGACUCCAAGAAAAAAAUAAACCACUGACGAAUAUAAAAAAAUUUUUUUAAAGGAAAAACGAUUUUACUAAGAAGUAGGCAAAGAAUAAUGAUUUUUGAAUAGGUUUUGAACUAAAUUAAGUCCCCUUAUAAAAUAAAAAGUUACAAGUCAGCUCCCGAGGUUGAACUUUUGAUCCUAUAUGUUUGCCUUCUCGAUUGGUAAACCUCUUUUUUCAACUUUCAAGAAGUGAAUGAUUUUCCUUAAUGAUCUUUUGAAAGGAAGAUCGCAUCACCUUUUUGACCUUGUGGGAAACGUUCUUUUUUCUAAGAAAUGAGAUCCAAAAAAGCGGCGUUUUCGAAAGGACCUUGACAGUGUCGGCAAUCUUCUUAAAUUGCUAAAGAAUUAGGAUCUCAGUGAAUGAUUGGAGCGGUUUUUUUUAAAGAAUUUACCGAUAGCAAAGUGAAAAAAGGUUUUUUCUUUCUCGAAUUUUUAUCUGAAGAUUUUCCGACGAACGGACAAAAAGAUUAGCAGAAAGAAGGAAGUACGAAAUAAGGUCACGAAUCUUUCGAAUUCGUAAUUUAUUUCCAGUCGCUUUCGAUGAUACGAAUGUUCCUAUCCUUAUCUUCUAUUGGAAUCCAUUUUUUUUUCAACCUGUCAGUGACAUGGAUUAAAUUGGUAGCUAUUUUUGAACUAGAGAAAAAAAUUACUGUUUUCUGUAGACUUCAAAAGUUUUCUAUAGUUUGUUAUGCAACGUCCCGACUCUUCUAUGUCCCUUAACCAAGGGAUUGAUAAAAUCGCAGCGCCGCGCAGGCAUAACAACUGUUAUGAUAACCCCCGCAAAGCUCAACCUACAUAUUCGCUUCUUUUUUCUGCGAAAGAUCUCAUCCUCUCGUUUUUUUUUCCCUUCGUGUUAUACACCAAGAAAGUUGAGUCAAUGUAGGCCAGAACGGCGUGCGCUGUUCUAAUUUUCGGUCUCGUCGAUUCGUUUCCCUCUGGUCUUCGUCCAACUUUUCGAGUUUGAACAAGUCUUGGCCAGGGGAACUGAAAACACGCUCAUUUUGCAUAUACUUGACACGUUGAGUGGAAAAUGACCGCGUCGCGGACUAUCUCUCUUUUUCAAAAUAUUUGGUUCUUUGCGGCUGGUAGGACUCUUUACCAGUUGGACGACCAUGGGAAGUGAAACCUUCCAUAAACUAAUAGGGAAGGAAAACGGGUUAACUUCUUGCUAGACAUUUUUUUCUGAUGGGUUUGGAAAAACGGAAGAAUCUCUUUGCAUUCCUGUUCCGUUCCGAACAUUCAAAUCAACCAGAAUAUAUUUUUAAAACGUUUUUUCAAAAGUUGGACAAAUUAAUUGGAAGCCUUCUAUAACAAUUUCAAGAAGCGUUAUUUUUGAGCUUUUUCUUUUCGAAACCUACAAAAUUUGCGCAGAUUGAGCGUUUCUGGAUCUUCAUCUAGUACAUCAAAGAGUAUUUGAGCAAUCUUCCAAAAGCUGAAAAUCGCGAAGAGAUUCAAAAGCAUCCAUGUUGGUAUUUUGCAGAUGACCGUCGGCUUUGGAGACCUCUACCCGGUCGGCGGCGUCGAGUACAUGACGGCGUCGAUCGUGUUCAUCUUUGUCGGCCUGGUUCUGACGACGCUGGCCGUCGACGUGAUGGGCUCUGCGUGCAUCGACAGCAUCCAUUCGUGGGGCCGGGGCCUCGACGCCAUGGGCAUUCUGAAGGCGUUGCGUGGCGUCGCCCAGUUCGUUAUCUUCUUUUUCCCACCUAGAAGUGAAGCUCUCGGGCCAAGACUUUUUCUCCGAACGUCCACGCGCGCCGCGCAUAUCCCUAUUAGGUGUGUUCGCUUCGGGACCGCCAAGGUGAGCCGACUAAGACUGUGUGCAAACAAGACCCGACAGCUAUCGAUUUACCGGUCCUGUCUUCUCGCAAGUCCGAGGAGGUUUACCCUUUCUGUCGACGACGCGUGAACUCUCUUCGACAGUUCCUAACACGUCGCUCAGCUGUCCGUCCAAGGCUCUUCUCUUCUGAAGUGUGAAGUGCCUCGGCGAGUGUUUGUGGCGCCUCUUUGAGGAUACCGGGCUUUGGAAACAAAAGUUCAGAUUGGAAUACCCAUGAGCAAGCGUUGUAGGCAUGACAAAAUCACACCAGUAGUUAUUCCACAGGACUUUCUAGAGCUUAAAAGUCCACAAAAAUUUGAGUUGUUGAACAAAAAGUUUGCUUCUAGCAUUUUUAUGAAUUCGAACCUUCAUUCCUGAGAAAAAUUUUCAAAUUUUUCAAAUAUAAUCGGACAUAAGCGGGUUAAUUCGGUUGUCAAAGAGUUGCAGAAGCUAAGAUUGUUUGUAUCAACUACAAGGAAGAUCGUUUCAGAGUGGACUUUAGAUUUUAAGGAAGGGUAUUGUCUAUGAGUAAUCUUCAUUCAGACCUUCAGGAAGUCUUUUGAGCACAAUUUCAUGCUCCAAGUUUAAAUGAUCCUUUUGUAAAUAUAAGGAUUGAACCGAACCAACAAGACUAAAAAUCAAUUAUUCACUGCACUUCAAGACUUUUUAAAAAUUUUAGUAGUUGGUCUAGUGCUAUAGUUUCUCUAAAUAUGUGGAGAGCUAUACGGAAGUCGCCUCGAGCUUCACCAAAUCCAAGGUCCUGGAGAAGCUUGACAGCAGAAUCACGAGUCGGACAAAGACUUGCUCAGUGGGUCCUGUUGGAACGUGAAAAACGUCCCGAAAACGCUGCGAUCCGUCGUUUCUUCUGGCGCGACGAGGUCAGCAACAAAGAUGAAAGAAAGGACGGACGCGUUGCGAAUAUACACACAAAACACGUCACGGUAAUGGACGACAGUCCGAGAGACGGACACGGUUGUCCAAAGUGGCCACUCUAGGAUCGUCUUUUGUUCUUAUUAGAACUCUUUCUUUGAAAAAAAGCCGCUAUGAGUCAUUCGUACAGUUUUUUUCAGUUUAAUAUAAUUUAGUCAAAAAGUUUCAAAUUAAGAAAAAAAUAAGUAUGAAUCUGUAUAUAAAGAAAAAAAUUAUCCUAAAUUUAUGGGAUCAAAAAGAAUUUUUAAAAACUUUAAAGUUGAUUCCGGCUUAGAGCAAUAUUGAAACUCUUUUUAUUGAUAUACUGAAAAAAACCGCAUUGAUAAUUCCUGAAAUUUUUGAUAAGGGAAGUCAUUUUGAUGUGAAACUUGGAAGUUCCUAUAAAAUUACUUGAGCUCAUUUCAAAAAUUGAGAUUUAUUUUUUCAUAGUUUGUUUCCGUGCCAUUUUUAGUUCGAAGAUGUAAAUUAAUGAAUCCUUUUCCAACCUUGAAUCCGACUUGCAAAAAUCCUUUGCCAGUACCAUCCAUAUUUUUAAAGGAAAUAAUGGCGUAAGUACUAUGAGAAACUUACACUUAGAAAUUUUGAGCUUAAUUAGUCAAUUAUACAGUUAUAAGUAAUUUUAUAUAUUUCAUACCAAAACAACUUCUUUCAAAAGAAAGGUAAAGCAAACUGUAGAACUUGAGAGCAAGGAAUUCAGCUCAUAGGUAAUUAAGGUUUUCAGAACUUAGCCACGCUUCUAUUCGUCCUUAAGCACUUGAGUCAUCCAAGAAAGAACCCAAAGUUCAAAACAAAAGAAAAAAAAACUUUCUCGAAGUGUUUGCGUUUGGAUUCUUCGAGGCUCGGAAGAGGAAGGCCUUGCUGUCAGAAAGUCGGGCCGGUGGUCCAAACGAACGUGAGUCUUGCGUAGUUAGUGGGAGGCAAGUGGCUGACUGUCGCUGCGGCGCUGUGUGACCUGAACAAAACAGUCUUGGUGCGAGAGUGACGAGAAACAGACUUCUCCGAGAGGAGAGUGCAGCGUUUGGCUUGCAGUGGCGCCGCCGGACGGACGUCGCAGGAGGAGGACGAAGGACCGCCUCCACGGUGGUUCGCUUUCGUGCCCAAGGACGCGGCGGCAAUCCCCUACAUCGACGCCGUCACCACGUCCGAUGUCUUCCGCAGCAGCCACGCCGCCGCACACGCCGCCAAUGGACCAAGCAGCGCCGUCGCAGCUGCUGGCCCAAGCCGCCAGUCGACUGCUUCUCUUGGUUCGGCCGCCUCAUAUCCAUCUCGUGCCGACUUCUACGCACAGUGCAUCUGAGCACAAAGGUUGAGUCUUCGUUUCAUCUACAGAUUAUGUUUAUCAUCUUGAUAAAGCAUUUAAUAAAGAGAUGUUUAGAGCCACUUUAGUUGCUCCGGAAUAGUCUUUUUAUUCUCUUUCUUGCUAGACAUAAUCUCUUGCUCCGCUUGAACACUCCAGAAGAUUUUUUUUUUUCUCAUUUUUUUAUUGAGCUUUUUCUGAAAAAAAAGAGUCAAUUUUAAUCUUCCUAGGUUUAUCUUUCCCCUUUUCCCCUUUCAAGUCUUUUAUUAGAGAAAUUUUCUUUGAAAAGCUCAAAAACGUUUUUUAUGACUGUAGAUGAAUUGGCUUGCCUUUAAGCUUGUUAGAGAUAUAGGGAAGCUAUUUUUUAAAUCAAAAUUCCUUACUUUGAGAGGUCAAGCUUCUCCUUUCAGACUUGGGCCACGUCACCAGCAUCUCGACGAGCAGCGCGACCGACGACGACACCAACAACAACGUCGUCGCGAAGGCGAACGAAGAAGUCGUGUCGCUGGAGCAGCCGUCGGCCCUCCGAGAGACCUUGGCCAGGCUUCCGGCCCAAGCGCUCAUCUUCGCCAUCGGACCAGAGCCGGUCCGGCAGCACCUCGUCCCAAGUCUUGUGCGGGACGAGUGCGAUCCGCCGAGCAUCGCUCUCCGUUAUUUCGAUCUGACCCUUGCCUUUGGCGAUUUUUAUACGAUGGAUCUGGAGCAGCAACGCGAUGUCGCGCUGGAACGCAUUCCUCAGCUCAGCACAGGUGCGAUUUCUUUUCUUAUUUUUUCGGAGUAGGUUUUCAUUUUCUUUUCGCUUCUUCGUUUUGAUCUCUGUGUGUUUCUCGAAGAAUUUUGCCAUUUUGAAUCGAGAAGCUCGUUUUUUUAGUACGAUGUUCUUUUUGAAUUUUUUGUAUUCAUUUUAAAGCUAGCUCGGCACAUGUUUAAGUACAGCUUUUUUUUUCCUUCCAGUGAUUCAGCGUUUUAUGCUCCUCUAAAAGACUAUUUUUUGGGAAGAUUCAGGAGGGUUUUUUUUUUGAAAUUUGGCCCAUUUUAUUGAUUUCAACAUUUUGGACUUCCUCUUCAAACUUUCCAUGGAUUUCAUUUGAAGAUAAAAUUGUUUCUUCUGACUUUCCUUUCUUUAAUUUUCCAUGCGUGGUAACUGAGAUUCUUGCGCCCACUCACUGGUUAUGACCCAUUUGGAGAACGGAAAGAACGGCUGGAAAAAGGAGCCCAAGGACGAAAGUUCUCAAGGUUAAGAAGGGGAAUUGGAAUAGCUCUUUCGAAAUCUUCUCAAUCAUAACAUUUGUUACUUUUCCUUCACAGUUCUAAUGAAAAGAUCUUGUUAAUUUUUGAUUUUUUUUUUAUGAAUUUGCACCUAUUCCGGAAAAAUUCUUUUUUUACUCAAGAAAUUUGGACAGCGACGCGUUGUUUGAUAAAGUUCCUUGGUUGAAAAACCGGUUGUGUUUUGGACUGAAAUAGUACUCUUAAUCGGAAAAAAACGUUGAAAUUAGUUUUUUUGUACUAAUUGCAUCUUCUUAUAAAUUUAUUCAUGAAAUAAAAAAAUUAUUUUUUUCUCCUUCUUUUAUUAUUCCGCGGCUCAAAAAUUUUUUUACGCUCUAUUUUUUUACUCCACUUUCUGCGUUAACUGAAAAAAUCUCAUAGUCAGUUUUCAAAUUCCCUUUAACAGAAUUCUCAAUUUUUUUUAAAAAUUUAUGUUCAUUAUUACGUUGAAAAAAAGGAAGAGACUUACAGAAAAAAGAAAAAAUUUCCUGGAAAAAAAAUCAGUAAUUGAUUUGUUAUUCAAACUCGAAAUUUAUAUACGCGGGCUUCAUGAAUAAGGAAAAAGUGCUCAGGAAAUUCGAGUACUCUGAAAUCUUCGAUUUCACCAAUUUUUUGCAUUUAUUUUUUUCGAAAAAAAAAAAUCGUGUUUGCUAUUUUUUUUUCUUUUUUUUUCCGCUAAUAUUUUUGUGUAGACUAUUUAAGUAAUAUUUUGAAAUAGUCAUCAUUAAAAAAAUAUUCAAAAAAAGCGAUAUUUUCGGUCCUUCUCACUGGCUUUAAUCACGCAGAAGGAACAAUAGGAAGGUUUUACAUCCAGACGAGUGCGUCACAAAAGACGGCCCACUCACCUUUUACCUGUAAUACUCGAGUUGGCCGUAUUUGGUGUUGUGGGCACAGUCGAGCACCCACACACCUCCACUUGAACCCAUCCGAUCGAUUGGAGGAUACCUUUUGUCGAGGUGCUUGUAUAACUGUCUCGCAUCUAAUAUACGGCCUUGGGAAUCUUCCUUGGUCCGAUUUUCGGUCAAGAUUGGCUCGAAAUAAUUUAUAGAAACAAGAAAACUUUAUUUUUCGUGACCUACACUCUUAAGAAGGUUUUUCUUCUUAUCCAGUAUUUAUUGACUGUUCCAUCGAAAUUUAGAAAUCAUCGAUAUUCCAUGCGUCAUAACAGUAAGGAGGGUGAGAAGUUAAUGUGAAAAAAUCAAUGUUGUUGAUAUUUUUUAUCUGCUUCGGGUUCAUAACUUUUCUUUCCUUUUUUUAUCUGAUUUGAUUAAAAUUUUGAUAAUUUUUUUAUUUCUAGUUUCGGCAAACGCCCUACUACCUAACUAGUAACUAAAAAUUUAAUUAACAAGAAACAGAAACUAGCCGAAAUUCGGGUAUUUAAACUUGCUCUUUUUUUCCUUUAAUGGCAUUUUUUUCUUUAUUGUUUUCUAGUUUUGAGCAUUUCUCAUAUUUUAUAAGUGGUAUUUAUCUUUACAGUAAAUGAACAAGAAAAUUUUUCUCAUUCCUCUUUUAAGAAAAACGAAGUUUUGAAAAGCGUUCCAAAGCUCUUAAAAGUGGAUUUCUCGAUUUCAAGCUCAACAAAAUCGAUAGAGAUCUGAAAAUGUUAAAGAUCAAAGAUCCGUUUCAUUUGGAGACGAAGUGACAUCCAAUGAGAUACUCGGUCCGUUCGGCGGAGAAUUGAAGAAAGCGGGGUCGCCGCUGAUUUUUAUCGUAGACGUCGUCGCCCAUUUUGACGUUUUUGCAGUACCUAACCGUUGCGAGGAUAACCGAGAAAAAAAAGCGCCCUGAAAUAAAAAUGCUCAGUCUAAUUAAUUUCCUUUUUUCUAAACAACCACGAACAUGUGCGACAAAACGCCAAUGUGCAUCAUCGUCCCAAUAUUGCGCACAUCUGGUCGCCCGGCUGCUGAAGUUAUAUUGCACUUUUUCUCUUUCUAGAAAGUCUCUGAAGAAUUGGGAAGAGUUGAACAAGUUUCUAUGAUUAUUAUCUCACUCAAAUUCGUAGAAAGAUAGUUUCUUCAAUUCGAAAAAAAGGAGACUAGCCAACAGGAAUGACAAUUUUUUUCAAAAAAAGCAAAAAAAGAAAAACAACUUUUUUUCUGUUAAAAUAUCUAUGAUAUUAUCAUUUUUUUUAUCUUGAUUUCACUUCAAUGUUUUUCCUGGCAUUUUUUUGUACGCGAUUCUUGAGUUUCUUAGGAAAUGGGCAUUUUUUGAAUAAAGAAAUAAACACAAAACUCGACAAUUAGUAGUAAACUCCAUCAUUCCCGGCUCCGAAAGUCCUUGCUUCGUGAAGUAAGAAAGACAAUUUUUGAGAUCCGAACAAUUUCAAUUGUAAGGGCCAGUGCCGGGCUCUUUUUUGAUUUUCAAAAAGCUCAGUUUCCGGUUCAAAUGACCAUCAAGUCUUAUUAACUCCCAGAACGACGCUCAAGGCGAUUGUUUAGAUAUACAUAUAUAAACAAAAAGACGUCCGCGUCUUCGACGGCUGUAAAUCCUGUUUGGUCUUGCGUAAACUGACCUUUUGGGGUCACUCGAGGUCGAGAAAAUUCGGACAAAGGGUCUUCGGAAUUCCUUUUUACGAAAAAAAAAGUUCAGGAUCAAAGUUUUUAUCAACUAACUUCACUAGGAGUACUUUGAAAAGAAAUCUAGCAAGUAUCCAGCACUGAAAAAUAGGUCGAUAAAUAUUUUUUGUUUUUAGUUCUUUAUAUAACUUUUUGGACGUAAAUUACGAUAUUUGAAAAACUGUAACUAAACAUAGUUUUAAAUUUUCGAAGUUUUUUCAAAGCUUAUUUUAGACUUUGAUAAGUGUCACAGAAUCGCCGUGCUGGGCUUUCAGGAAGUUGCAGACUGUUUCUUCUCUCUUUUUCCUGGCUCUUCCUCACUGGAACGAACUCUCUCUUCCUCGACGAAUUUCCGUCGCGGAGCAAACACUAGGUGACAGUUACGGUUGACCACCUCUUGUGUGUAGGUAGAAAUGCCAUUUUCUCCAUCUUUUUUUUCCUCCGCAGUUCUUUUUUCCUUUGAGUUGGUGUUUGUUCGGCUGGGGACUUGAGGAUUCAGUAUGGAAUGGUACUUUGCGGCAAUCUCAACGAGGAAUUGGUGUUACUCAUGUCGAAAAAAGGGAAUAUAGGGGGAUACCAGUUGAAAAAUGGAAAAUCCCGAAAAAUUAUGAAUAAUAAGAAAGCAGAAUCUUAACUUGUUUGAAAGGUUGGGUCAUCAUAAAACGGGGCUUGUGAAGAAAAGAGGAAGUUCGAUUUGUUUACCGUCUUUUUUAGCAAUGUAAGAAUGCUUCAACUCGGUUUGAAUUUUUUCCGGUCCCGAGGAAACUGACUUCAACAAUGAAUAAUUUUUCAAGGUUCUCAGUAACCUUGAUGAUUUUUAAGAAGUAAAAAGGGAUAAAAUCUCAAAGUUAAAAAAUCGCAAUAAAUUUUUUAGUGCUGCAAGUAAAAGAUAUAGAAAAUUAAGGGGAUUUCUGAUGAAAAAAUAAACUGUGGUCAAACACCUUCUCGAUCAAUAAUUCUGAAUUCAUUUCUGUCAGCUAAAGUAACUUCCGCGUCGGAUCGUGUGGUGGCAAAAAAUGGUCGGCGAGCAAGCAAACUCAGUUCUUUACAGUGCUCUUUCCUCUCUCUUUCUCUCUUGGGAAGCAAUUCGAUCUGCCUCGCCCUUUUUCGGCUUUUCUUUUGGCUCAAACUUGCCUCAAAAGAAGACCCCGCCAGUUUUUGUCCACAAAAAUCGAGGAGAAACUCAAAAAUAGAUUUGAAAUUCUUCAACUCAAAAGAUGACAUUCCAGAAGAAAAGCGAGAAGAAAAUGAAGGGAAGAUGGAGAAAUUAUGAUGGAAUAUGAAAUAUUUGCAGAACAGCUCCACGCGUCCUUCCAAACCGUCAGCCUCGGUAUCGAACCUGCCGUAUGGUACGUUUUUAGGGGUCUAGAGAUUUAUUGUAUUAUCAUGAGAAAUAAUUAAUUUAAAAAAAUGUAUGGUAUAGUUGUUCUGAGUUCGAGUCGGAGGAUAAGAAAAAAAUCUCAAAAAUACGGGUUUUCCUGCUGUGAUUAGUAAUGUGGAAAAUUUACUAUAUAGUAAUUAAGAGUUUUUUUUUGGUUAGAAUCAUUUUUUAACCCAAAACUAAACUAGGAAGACUUGUAAGUUUAAUUUUGUUGAAAAGAGAGCUGUUCAAAGAACCAGGAUGAGAAAAUUGUUCCUUUUUUGUAUUUCAUAUUUUUCCAAGGUUUUCUAAGCAUUUGUAUUUUUAAAAGGGAUCAAAAUAAGCAAGAAUGGAAGGCAUCGGCAAAACUUCCAAUAAAUUCUAAGUAGGGGACAUUUAUUUUCAAGGGAAAUGAAUUUUUAUGUAAUUUUCGGAUGAGCCCAUCUAGAUAAACUUUAAAAAUCAGUGGAGAGAAACGAAAAAUUGUAAACCUGAAUCGAGUCGUUUUCUUGUAACACGUUUCAAGUUCCGUGUAAAAAAAAAAGUGAUGGAUUUUCCGAGAAAUGCGUAUAUUCUUGAAAGUGUUGUUUUAUGACUUUAAGCUGUACGCAUCAAAGUAAUUAAUGUCUCAAAAUUGUUCUUUUUUAGUUCAAAUGAAACUUUUUUCAAAUAAAACAUUCUAUCCGGUAUUUUCUCAGGCAAGGUUUGUUUUCUCAAAAUGCCUCUGAUUCCUAUUAUAUCAAGUUCCAAUCAGCUGAUCGAGAUAAAAAUGGGGCCUUUUCAGCGACCGAGAGACGAAAAUCGAAGGCGAAGUUGUGGUCAGAGCCCGCGGGCUGCCCUGGCAAGCCUCGGACCACCACGUCGCCCAGUUCUUCGCUGGCCUUGAAAUCGCGCCGUUCGUUUUCCUUCUUUCAUUCUAACUCGUCCAAUCUCCGUCUUUUCCAAAACAAGGCUAUUAAUCUCUGAGUUUGUCGUGUAUGAUUCACGAUUGUUGAUAGUAGCCCAGUUUCGAGUCCGUUCACCUUUGGGUUGAGAUUUUAUAGGUUUCUCGACGAUUAGCGGAAUUAAAACGAAAAGAAAAGGUUCAGACAUCUUUGUGGUAUUUUUUAGUUUGAGAAAUGUUUCGUCGAUGUUUCCAAUUCCGAUCAAGUUCUACUGACAAGGGAACUUUUUCAUCCUUUCUUUGAACUUUUAAUGCCAGUUGGUCAAAGUCUACUUAGACCUCCUGAUUUUACCACAAAAAAAUAAAAUAAAAUCUCAUGAUCUAUUCCGAGCUGUGACACGCUACCAAACUUUUAAAUAAUGUUCAUUCUCACUAUCUGUGUAAUAUGCGGUCUUUGAAAUGACGUAACUCGAAAACAAGCUCAACCUUAUUCUGCAAUCAGAAGUUUUUGGUCACAAAAUCAGCCUAGAUUUCGACGACCAGGGGCUGUAAAAGUCGCCUUGUGAGAUUUUUUCAGAGCAGAUUUUGGUAAAGAUAUCAAAAUCUUUGAAAGAGUCAAAAAUGUUCGAAUAAAACUUUUCUCUAGUGGAGGAGUCGCCCUGUGUUUGUCGUCAGAAGGCCGACGAAAUGGUGAGGCGUUGGUCCGUUUCACGACGCCGCAGAUGAGGGAAAUGGCCCUGAAACGUCAUCGACAUUUCCUCCUAUCCAGGUACUUUCUCUCUUCUUCUGGAUUCUUUCUUUUCCAAUAAACUUUAUAUACUGUAUAAGGAUCAAUAUAAUCGAUCAAUCAUUUCUUUUGUUGUUUUGGAAUUUUUGAACGGUUCCUUAUUUUUUGCCAAAGAAUUAGUCGAAAGUCUUAGGAAACGCUAACUGAAAAAAAGUUUGAAAACCGAAAAAUCUGACCAAAAAUAUCUACAUAAUCGAUUCAGCGCUAGAUUGUCACAAAAGAUUCACUCAAGAACCUAUGAAUUUCAAUUUUUGAGCGAAUUCCACGCAAAUAACCUCAAGACUAAUAUUAUAUAAAAAGGUGCGAAUGAAAUUCAUUAAAUGAAAGUCUGUGGAUAUUUUUUUGAAACGGAUCAAUCCAUUCUAAUCAUCCUUCGGAGCAUGCAUUUUUUCUUUCUCUAAUUUUGAUUUUUGUUUUCCUCCGAACUCCGUUUGAAAAAAUAUUUUGAAUAAUGAAUUCUCGAUUGAACAUUUCCAUUAUCUAUUUUAUCAACUCAAUUCAAACUUCCACAAAUUUCGAAUGAAUCAUGAAAAAAAAAACUUUUGCAGAUAUAUCGAGGUUUACAAGGCAACCGCGGAGGAGUUUCUUCACGUCGCUGCAGGUAAUAAUUUUCCCAACUUCUUUUUUUUUCUGUCAUUUCUUCGAAGCUUUUUGAAGGUUUCUAGCUAUGAUUCUGUUCAUUUCCACUUCUAUCACUAACGAAGAUUUCUCAGAGAGUUUUCUAACUUUUCUUUCGAUUUUUCACUGUGGAUCUUUUGGAUCAAUUAUUUUGGCGUAUAUCAAAAUUUUCCUUCGGUAGUAGUAAGCUGGCUCCUCUUUUUUCUAUCUAUUCCCUUCGGUUACGUGAACUUUUUGGCAGAGGAAAAGACAAAAAAGCGACGAAAUGUGGCAAGAAGCCUCUGAAAGGAGGAAAAAAGCUGGUCAGUUACCACGCAACAGAAUGAAAAUUUGAAAUUUUUCUGCCGCCCUUGCUGGUCCUUAGCCUUCCGAAAUUUUCGUCUUUUCUUUCCAAAUAUGAUGGGUUUUGCGGUUUUUCCUUCAUUUGUAUGAGAUAUUCCGAAACCAUAUUGAAACGAUAUAAAGAAGAAAGUUUUGACGGAAAUCUGGAAGUUAAAAUUCUUAUCUCUUCAGAUGCAAAAUGAACUCAAUUUUAUAGUUUGUUCGAAAACUUUUCUGGACUUUUUCAAGAUGGAUAGACGCAUUUUAUGAAAUAUUCCGAGGCGAUGAACCGCUCUUAUUAUUUGGCUAGAAAAGACUUUUGACUCUUUAAAACUAUUUUUAAUCAAUCAAUCAAUCUCAUUUUUUUCGAGAAAAAUUGUUGAAAGUGCAUUUCAUUGAUCUUUCAAUAUUUCAAUCUUUUUGUUUUUUACUCCAUUUACCCUCAGCUUAUCGAAACUUGGAAUAGUUUCAAAUGAGUUGAUAGGUUGAAGUAGGUUAUUUUUUUUAACAUAACGGUUUCGGCAUGAUAAAGCGGUGAAAAAAAGACAAACUUUUGCAUUUUUUAUCUUCUAGACCAGCUUUCGCUUAAUUGAGGACAUGUUUAUGUUACGUAACUUGAACAGUUUAAAAAUCCUUCACAAUUUUUCCAAUUUUAAUUUAUUUGCUUCAAACAAUUCAAAGUUGAAACAACUCGAAUGAUGUCGGAAAUGACAAUAUUUUGAUCCAGAACAGGGUUCAGCGGUGUUGUUACCUGACCACUCGUUAUCUUUUUUAUCAUUUUCCAGUCAUCGGCCUAUCACUCAUCUCUUUGAGCGACGAAUUCUCCCUAGUUUGAAUUUCAAUGUCCACUCAGCUCCUUAUUUUUGCUGCCGAAUAGAUUUUUAUUGAGUAUAUUCGAUUUGAAAAAGGUUUUCUAGAAUUUUUCAGAGUAAAAAAAUCCAAAUUUAUGAAGAAAGGAUUUUUUUUAAUUAUCAAGUUGAUUAGAAAAAAAUUUUUUUACAUUAACUUCGUUUUUUUACAUUAGUUCAAUUGAUAAUGUGUAAUAUUUUUUUGCAAAAAUUAGACACUGGAAAUUUGGAAUUUUACCCGGAAACAACGGGGGAGCGCCACGUGUAAUCACCACGUGGCACUUUUAGAUUAUCUUUUUUUCGAAUCACUUCGUUUGACUUCUUUUUCUUUUUUUUUUAUAAUCCAUUUUCGAGUGAACCUUUUUUCUAACUACCUUUAAGUUAAACCUUCCAAUUAUCCUAUCAAGACUGCUUUUUAAAUGGUUUUUUUUGAAUUGGUCUUUGCAAAGAAGGUCUUAAUUCAGCCAUAAUCUUGAGUUACACGCUCAAAAUCCUAUUUAUUCGAAAAAAUUUUAAAUUUUUAGUGAAAGUGUAAAAAAUGGAAAAAAGAAUGUCAGACUGGCUGGGAAUUUGGCUGAAUAGUGCGAGCGAGGUUUCGCCCACAAAUCUCGAUUAAUCUCCAUUUUUCGGUGAAAACUGGCAAAAUCACAACGAUACACCUUCUCAAUUCAUAGUUUUUGCUCCAUUCGAUUCUGAAUAUUAUACUCCUGUCGAAGAUUCAGGUAUUUCUUUCUAACAAUAGUUCUCUAUCACUACGAACUCAGAAGAAACUGUUCGUUGCCUGAAGAAAUCGAGAAAUAUUUUGCCCGUUAUCAAAACCGAUGAAUGUAUUUCUUUGAAAGAAGGCAAUUUUGUUGUAUUCUGCCCUUUUUUGUUGUAAAAUGGAAUGGUUCGGCUCGCGAAAUCGCUUUUUUAUGGGAAUAAUGUGAGAAGCCGUUUUCAAUGGUGCACAGCGAAGGGCCUUUAUGUAUUUUUGAUCCUUUUUUUAUUUCCGAGUGGGAGAGAUUUUUCAGAACGUUUCGAUGAUCUGUAAAAAUUUGGACAGUUUUUUUCUACAGUGUAUGAAAAUAUAGUCGAUUUUCGGAAAUCAAAUUCAUUUGUUCAAAAAAAGUUCAAGACUAUAGAACAACUUUCUUAGUGAGAAGUUUUAUAUUUCUCACCCCCAUUAAAAAAUUGAAGAGACCUAGACUUUUUCAUAAGAAAUCCAACGGGUGUCCUGAGUUCCACUAUCUUCUUUCUGUAACUUUUGACAAGGAUAGUUCGAAACAAUUGAUAUUUUGGCUCUUUCGUUGCAACUUUUGUAUCAGGAACACCUUCCUGAUCUUUUGAGAGGUUCCUUUUUUGAAUUUUGCUCUUUGUUUAAUUUUCGCAGGAAAUGGUUUUCGCUCCUGUUCCCUCACCCACGCAGAGACGAGAACAAACGUUCUGUGAAUGGGGCUUUUGGUGGUGUUAAACUACAAUAACACCAUAAACAAGGCCGGGCAGUUGAGAUAUGAUACGCAUCAUAUGCACAUCGAUAAAAAGAGCCGUGGCCCCCGUCCUUUCAGUUUUGUUUGUGCCUGGCGUCGACCUCUUUCUCUACAUUUCUUCUUACCAUUUUGUACAGGCGCCUACACAUACAAACGUCCAAUUUGGCUCUGAAUGCGUUUGAUUUCCAUCGCCGUGCGUCAUGGGCGUCACUCUAGGGCUGCCGAGAACUCAUAAAGCUACAGAGUUGAUAAAUCAAUUUUCCCACGAAGAGAGAUCCUAGAAUCGCUGAGAGAAAGUCAAUAAAACAUUAAGUACAAAACUGUGCGCAGUUCGGCGAAGAAUAAAAGAAUAAGCUGGUACGAUUGAAAAAACAACUAACAAGCGAGGUCAUUUUACUGUUUGGUUGAGAAUUUCCUGAAAACUGCCCUUGACGCUCAUUGAUUUACCAGACGAAGAUACGAGAAGUAUUGAUCUGGAAAACUCCUUAGUUUUUAAAAAAGGACGAUUCAAAGUCGAAGAAAGUCCCCGAGAUCCAUCAAAAUACGUAUUUUUGGGCAUCAAGCCCUUUUUCUUGAAAAAUAGGAAGUUUUGCUGUUUGAGACUUUAAGAAUCUUCUUUCAUUUCAUCGAACAGUAUUAUGGCCAAUUUUUCGGGAACUUUUAACCACAAAGUAGGAUGACCUUUUUUUUUUUAAAAAGUUUGAGCCCUAGUUUUGAAUCAACCGAAAAGAAGAACAUCCGAUUCAGAAGUCACUCAAUAAUAGCGGAGAAAAGUAAAAAGGACCAUUUUCCCAUUGAUCACUAAUUUUUUUUCGAGCUGCUCUCCUUGGAUAAUUUUUUUGAGUGGGACUCCUUUCAAAUGUGUACCAAUUUUCUGAGAAGUCUUGAAGCGAACCAACGUAAAUUUUGAAUCAGUACUAAAUGCCUAUGUUUGAAUGAACAGUUGAACGGAAAAACAUCCUGAAACAGAUUUUCAAUCUUUAUAGUUGCGAAGUGCACGGUGUUUUCCGGAGAGAAUGAAUAAUUGGAGAUCACAAUUUCAAAGUUUGAUCUUUACAUAAGCCUACUAUCAGUUAUCAACGCUGGAUGGUUUUUGUUUUCGACCAUUCACCUAUUUUUUCCUGUUUUUUUGCUGUCGUCGCGGCUUCUGUUCAGGCGAUCCUCUCAAGUUUUCGGUUUACUAAUCAUUUUUCUAAGCAUUCCAGUUAUUCAAAAUUGUUCUCGGCAGUUACAAAAAGCUUGAUAUCAUAUUAGCGGUCAGGAAUCUUUUAGUCUCACCUUCUUAGAUUGUUCUAAGAAACGGUUUUUAUUCGAUACAGAAUCUUUUUAGAUGGUCAGUUUUCAUCAGUAUUUUAAUUCAAACGUAUUCAUUUAUACUUGUGUGUUUAAUCGUUUUUCCUUGAAUUUUUCAAACAACCUUGAUUGAAAUUUUGCUUUACCUCUCUAGGAGAGAAAAAAUUUAAGGAUGAGACGUCAAAAAAAGAAAUAUUUUGAAGUGAGUAACGUGUCGCCACGUCCUCGUUUCUCUUUUUGGGCAAGCCACGCCCAUUUUUGGGACGUCUUCGUCUUUUUUUUCGCUUUUUUUCCGUUUCAUCAAGCUUCUCGUGGAGAUUGAGGCAAUAAGUUGCUGAGCGAGCCAGUUUUUAUCUGUCUCUGCUUUAAAAAACAGUUCUAGGGCUUUUCAACUUUAGGAAAGGAACAUACUUUGAAUCCACAUGAGAAGAGUGAAGUUCAAUUAUUUCAUCCGGGAAUAUUCCCAACUUUUGUUCCAGUAGCUUGACAGCAGUAGACACAAGAGAUGAAGGUUCGAAUCCGACGGAUGGCUUGGUAGAUAAUGCUCGAUUCAGUGUUGGCACAGCUUUUCAUCCCGUAUUUCCGAUGUGGGCGAAUGUUUUCGGAUAUGUGCUCUACGUUGCCUUUUUGAUUAAAUUUUGAUGCUCUCGUUUUGAGUAAUUUUCACAUUUUUCUAUACGUUUCGGAGUCGGCUUGCAAAAGCUUUUCAGUUGCUCUUCAUCGUUGACUUUUCCAAUUUAAGAAUUUGCUUCAGCGAAAAGUACUACUUAGUUUUUAGGUUGAAAAACGAAGGCUAUUGAUUAUUUUUGAGUCAGCUUGUACUUUAAAAAAGAGAUUUCCAACUAAUACUCUGCAUAAGUAAGUUUCCUGGUGGGAAAACUAUAGGUUUUUUUUCGAAAACUACUAGUGAAACAAUUUUCGAGUUUUUUGAAAAGAUUUUUGAAAAAGAUUUUCAUUUUCUACACGUUUUCUCGAUUUUAUUGUUUUUUUUUCCGCUCUCUUUCAAAAGGCCGCGAUUCGCGUCUAAAGCGUUUUAUUGGGAUGUAACUCUUGAGAAUAAAAAUGUAAAGUUUUCGGAAUAAAAUCUGGGAAAUUCGUUGCGUGGAUAUUGUACAACGUUUUCUUUCUUUUCUAGUUUUUAUUUCACACGGAAAAAUUGAGAUUCCUUUUUGCUAUAGUUUGAUAAAAAUUCGAGGUUUGAGCUAAAAAUGAUCCAAACUUCAUCUCUGAAUAUUUUAGAAACAAUAUUACAAAAAUCGGAUGCGAAUUUUUCAGCCACCCUUUUUACAUCCUUCUAGAUUUGGUGUGUUUCGAAAAAUGGAUAAGCUUAAAAUUUUAGUUCAACACUUUGAAAGUUUAUCCAAUAUUUUCAAGAAAUCCUCACCCCAUGUUUGAAACAAGGUUCAGUUUCAUGUUCAUGUCUCUCACAAGUUAAUUAACUUUUUAAAAGAAACAAUUCCAUCGGAUCCCACAACCACCCCCAUUUUCAGUCCAAAUAUUGGAAAAUAGCGCACGCCCCUUUUUCGGAAUGGAGCGCGAUCGGCCCACCAAAACCACCACCUGCACAUCAUUUGUGCCGUUUUAUUCUAUCCGUCUCGUUGGCACAUUUUUCCAAAGGCUUUGACUUCCCCUGAAUACUUUUGGAUUUCGAGUAGACUUCUAUCAAGCUCAUAGGAACAGCUCAAGAGAUUCCUUCGUUUCAAAGCUUUCAAGAUCAAUAUUUUCCUCUUCGUUCAAAAGUUCCCGAUAGUCACUUCAGACUCCUAAUGAAGUGCUCUUUUUCCAGGCUCCUCCACAGAAGCCAUGUCCUUCGUUUCGACGGGAGCCGCUGUGACGAUCCGGAUGCGUGGCCUGCCCUACGACUGCACCGAACAGCAAAUCGUUAGUUUUGAUUUUUUUUAAAGUUUCAGGCUCUUGAAAAAAUAAUCAAAACACAGAAAAAUCAUGAGGAGACUUCAGAGCAACUGAAGAAGGUGAAGUUUACCAAACUUUGUGGUUACGUGUAUUGAAUUCCUUAGGAAUAUUUUCAAAACUAGAAAAUUCAAAAGUGGAUCCUCCACUUCACAGUACCAAAAGGCGAACUUUUCAAGACCGUCGGAAUUUUCAAAUUCAAAGUUUGGAACGCGCAAAUAUUCAAGGAUCAUAAUUUUCCGCCUAAACAUAUUCUGAUCGAGAUUCGAAGAAGUGACUAAAAUAAGUUUUCACAACUACAACAACGUUAGUGAUCCCGAAAUGAACUCAAAACCUUUCUUUUCAAAGAAAGGCGGGCAAUUCAGCUGGAGCUGGUAUAAAACAACUUUCAAAUCUAAUGAAAGUCUUAAGAGCAGUUGAACAUUUUUUCCUGGGGAACUUUAUUCAAAAAAUAAAAGUUUCGGGUUUUUCUCUGAAAUUACGGUUUUUCAUCAAGUUUUCUCCAAUCGAGUGGGGAGUUCAUUCCGAAUCUUUCUACAAGAUUCAACUCACGAGCAAAAUUAUGUGGAUCGAACUGUGUUUCUCGACAGAAAAAGUUUCGUAGAAAGUCCCACGUUUUAUCUGAUCUCCAAUCGUUCCAUGGGAGUGGUACUUUCCCACAGAUUAAAAACGAGCACAAAGACAAUUUUUGCAUAAAUUGAAGGGGAAUUGACUAUUAACGACCUUAUGGGAACGUAUAGUUUUUUGGGAAAGUCAAACAAAAUGUUUAAUUAUCGAAUGGGAAUCUUAAUCAUCGCGGUUCUCUUUGACUUGAGAAAGUUAAUCUUCAAAAGAAACGUCAUGUGGUUUUCUCAAAAACGGGUGUGUCUGCAACUGGAAAAGAACUGAUAAGGACUUCCUGGACCGGCGCCGAAGCAAGUGGAGGAACAGCUGACCAAACUGUUGGAUCUGGAUCGAAUCGACAAAUCGAGACAGUACUGAGAGGGGCGUCUAUAACUGUCCACAAAGCUGCCAGAAAGCCGCGGCCGGCGACUGAUCAAAUACGCCCCGGUGCAACCGUCCGCAUUCAUUCUGUUUGUCUGAUAUUGGCUCUCCACAAAAGGUCAUCACGUCUUAUCGGAGUCAUGAUUAAUCGGUUCCGAAAGUUACAAGCUUUCAAAAGUUGGAUCGGGAACGAAAGUUUUCCCUGUAUCCGACCUCUUCAAGAAUUAUGGCUCUCAUGGCAAGCUUAAGUUCCACGUUCCAUUGAAAAAACGUUUCUAUGAGAAAAUUCAUUUUUUUAAGUUCAAUUAAAUCAGAUGAGGCUCAUAGGUAAAACCCGAAAGCGGUUUGGUUGCUGUUUUAUUCAUCAAGAAGAUUUUGAUAACCGAAACUUUUUGAAUAAGCUCGGAAUGUAAUGAAAAAGAUCCUGAAGAAAUGACAGAAAUUAUAAAAAAAUGAAUAUUUUACGGAGAAAAACUUUAUUAUUAUUCGACAAAUACGCUUUUUCGUUCGGCACUUAAAUUCGUGAGAGUUGACCAAAAAUAAUUUUUGAUAUACUCAUUUUUUUCCUUGAGUUUUGAAGUUUGAGGCUAGACACAUUUCAUACCAAAAACUUUUGAAAUAAAGAGUAGAAAUGUAUUAUUUUCAUCAAAAUUUAAUUCACGAAUUUUAACAGGCAAAAAAAAAACCCUGGAUGUCCUUUUUUCUGAGUUUAUAAAAACCCAGAAAACUGUGAAAGUACGCUGUAUUGAAAAUUAAAAACUUUUCUAUCUGUUAAAUUCAAAACAAAUUGUAGACCUUUUUGGAAAUUUAAUUCAUGGAGAUUGCUUUCAGCGAGAGUUUUUCGCUCGCGAGCCGGAAUGCUGCAAAGUGAUGGAGCAGAUGCUGUUCGUGACGAGGAACGACGGCCGACCCACAGGUUUUUCAGAAUUCCUGCGGUUCAUCCGAAUCCGACGACUUCAGGUGACGCAUUCGUGCAGUUCGCCACGGAAGAAGAGGGCUCCAGGGCGUUGACCAAACAUCGCCAGACGAUCGGUAAUCGGUACAUCGAGCUGUUCAGAAGCACUUCUGCCGAAGUCCAACAGGUGCGAAGACGUCACGACCUCUUUUGAUAAUCUUGGACGAUUUGUAGGUGGUGAAACGGUCGAGCGAGCCGAGUGCUCAGUCCGGCUCUCGGAGGGAAUGUAUCCGUCUGCGAGGACUUCCCUACGAGGCGCAGGUCCAGCACGUUGUCGACUUCCUGGGCGAACACGCCAGGAGUAUCCAAUACCAAGGCGUCCAUAUGGUUUUCAAUAGCCAAGGUAAAAGAAUUAAAGAUAGAGAGUAAAAAAAAAUUUGACUUCAAACUCGAAAACUCUUUCUUCUAAUAGGUCACUAUAGAAUUGCUUUCUCAGCGGUUCGAAUUUUUUAAAAUAAAUUCCCGAUCGUUAUUUUAAGCUAGUCAUCAAAAAAUGAUAAGCUUGACAAAAAAUUUAUAAAUCGGAGAGAAGAUUUGAAACUUUGAAACACGUAGAUAUUGUUGUUGUCUAGAAAGCAGUAUAAUAAUUUUUUUUGAAACUUUGAAAUUGUUUUUAGCAGUGCAGAGAAACGUGCUUGCACAGUCCUAAAGUGAGAACUUCCAGGUCACCCAUCCGGUGAAGCCUUCAUCCAAAUGAACAGCGAACAGGCCGCCGCCGCCGCUGCCUCUGCCGUCCACAACCGAUUCAUGACGAUGGGCAAGAAGCAACGCUACAUCGAGGUUUCCCGGAGUAACCUCCUUCCGCAACCAAGGCCUUCUCCAGGUCUUCCAAUGCUCACCUGACGACAUGAAUCUGAUCGUGGCGCAGCCGCCUCAAGCUCCGCCUCCGCCGCCGGUCCACCACACGCAGCCGAUCCUUCUGCCUCAGCGGGCCUUCAUGCCAGGACUCGUCCCCAUGAUCUGGCCUUAUCCAUCGCCGCCCGUCUCGCCCAACAUGAUGCUACCUGGACAGGUCAACCAGCUCGUCGUCUACGGCAUCGCUCCGAAUGUCGGCGUGCCGGAGUUGGUCGCCCAGUUCAACUCACCCGAUGUCGUCGUUGAUAAUGUGAGCAUUGACGAAAAGUCUUCAUGGAGACACAGUUUUUUGUGAAACUAUGCUGACAAGAAGGUCAUUCAUGUGUGAAAUUGGGAAUCGUCUAUGAAUUUGCUCGAAAAUUCUCUGAAGACCUUAAGACUGCUUCUUUAUAGUCACGCAUUGAGCGAAAAUGUUUUUUUUUUGAUUUAUAAUUUCUCAAAGUUUGCGUUUACCAUUAGGCCUGAAUCCCAUUUUUUACAACUUUUAACCAAAACUAAAACUUUUUGCGGGGAGGAACUAUGAGAGAGCUUCAGAGAAAGUUUGAGCUAACUUUCCGAAAACUUUGAAAUACAUUCAAUCGAGCCUCUUUGUGAGAAGAUCCUCAGAGAAUCAUGAUCAGCUGUGAAAAAUGUUAAGCGAAAAACAAGUAUCCCAUAUUGGCAUAAAAAUUUAUUUAGUAGAUAAUCAAGAUUUUCUAUAAAGCAAUUCAUCGGAUUCUCCUACUCUUUUCUUGCAACUGCUUUGUGAGAAAAAAAAAAAGUGAAACAGGCUUUUGGUUCCUUCCUGUGCUCUUUGAAAUCAAAAUACUCAGUGGUUUCAGUAUUGAAACAUUCAGGUGAUGUUCACAAGGCUGGCGAGUCCGACUUCAGCAGGCGAGGCGAUCGUCACGCUUCGUCCACGUACGCCUACCGAUCCGCCUUUUGGCGUCAUCGAUCCACAAUACCUGACAAAGGUUGAAAAACCCUCUGCUUUACUGUAAUCGUGCUUUUCGUUCCAGAUCCCUCUGGACCAAGCUCAGUUCAUCGCAGCGCCUAACGUGCCGCUGACGAUUCCGCAACCUCUGCACCAUCAUCAUCAGCAACCAAUUUUCACCGUUAUCCAGUCUUAA